CUCGGACUCUAGCUUCCAACCUGUUUCGAGCGACUCGGAGUUGGUUGGACUCGGCUCAAUGAACACAAACCCGAGCGACUCGAAGUAGGUUGGAGUGGCUCAAUGAACACCAAAAGCUGACUCGCAAGUGGUUGCAACCAAGUUCGAGCAGCUCGUUGAACACAGCUAGUGUUUUUCUCUUUCUGUGGCGAGGCGAGUCGAACAAGCGCAUCGCAGAAAGUCGGAGUCAGUAGUUUUCUAUUUUCGCAUCGCCCGCACUGUCUCGAAGUAAAAAAGUAAGCACUUUUUUGAACCACUCCCGUCGGAAGUGCCAGGAAACCCAAUCGGUAUCGUGUAGCAGCAGAAACUGUUUAAUAAUUUGACGCCGCGAGUGUUUAUAUAAUCGGCCAUCAAAGGGGAGUGACACUCGGAAAGAUAACACACGAAACCAAAACAGUGAUCCCCCAUUUGAAAAUCUUUGUGUUGCUCUGGAAGUGAAGUUGAUAUCAGUGUUCAAUCCCGAGGAAGCUGAUAAGCGGAUCAUCCGUCGUACAAGUUUUGGGCUCUGGUGACGUGUGUGCAAGAACCCAAAGGAAUUUGAGUUUUAGUGGAUUUAUUUUUAAUUCCUAGAAGAAGGAAGCCAAACUCUUGCUUAUCUACCUAGGAGAAGAGCCCUUUCAUAUCAGCAGUGGGACAAAAUAUGGUGGAACCAAUCUUCGACUACCAGUUCCGACAUAUCCUGAUCGGGGAUAGCACGGUGGGCAAGUCGUCCCUGCUGAAGUACUUCACGGAUGGCAAAUUUGCGGAGCUUUCGGAUCCAACGGUGGGCGUUGACUUCUUUGCGCAUCUGAUAGAAGUGAAAGACGGCACCCGGAUCAAGCUGCAGCUGUGGGACACUGCCGGCCAGGAGCGGUUCCGUUCCAUCACCAAGUCCUACUACCGGAACUCGGUCGGGGUGCUGCUGGUGUACGACAUCACCAACCACGCCAGCUUCGAGCACAUUCCCCUGUGGAUGAUGGAGGCCAAGCGGCACAUCGAACCACACCGGCCGGUAUUUGCCCUGGUCGGCUGCAAGCUGGAUCUAGUCAACAACGGAGUGCAGAGGCGCGAGGUCAGCGUCGAGGAGGCACGUUCCUUUGCCGAACAGAAUGGGCUGAUCUUCGUGGAGACUUCGGCCCGGACCGGGGUCAACGUACGGGAAGCGUUCAGUUUGGUCACCCAGGAGGUCUACAACCGGAUCCAGUCCGGCGAGUACAAGGUCGAGGACGGGUGGGACGGCAUCAAGAAAGGUUUCCCCAGGCCCAGCAAUCUAGACUUCAAUCUGGUAGUGGCCGAAUCCGCACGAAGUUCAUGCUGCUAAAGAUAGGCAGUCCUCACUCUCAUAACUGUACGGUAGGCGCUAGAUUGCCCCCGGGGGCGGGUUUCUCCUCGUCUCGUGUUUCUGUGGGGAUUCUCGACGAAGACGCGAUUGUGUAGAAUGCGGUCCAGAACCGUUCCAUUUUUCGGAUAGAAAGGCUCGAAGCCGUAAUCGAUUCAACUAGGACAAACCAAUAGGAUUGCUGAAAUUUUUAACAACGAUGUGAUAAUAGAAUUGAAGCGAACUGAUCUGAUUCACGAGGAGGGAAAGAAAGACACAAAAUUAAAAAAAACCCAAAACUUUAUUUUUAGUAAUUUCAGACUCAAAGAAACACGGUGGCAUGUUUUCCAAAGGUUAGCCUUUUGUUCGAUAUAACAUUAUGUAUAAUAAAAAUGUCUAGCUACGUUUAUCCAUUGGUGCUUUCGAUCAAUGCGAUUUUGUAUCAUUUAUAGUAGUAUACUUUUUUGAUUUGUUUUCUGUUUACUUGUGUUAAACCGGGAAUGCGAAAUUGUCGAGCAUGAUGUUUUAGCGAAUUCUAUUUUCGUAAUUUACAAAGUCAAAUUUAAGCGAUAAAAUUAUGAA